UUGACCGCCGAGUAGUUUAAUGUAGGUAGUCUGGCGUUAAAAUCCAACAAACUGGAAAGUAGAGCUGAAUUUUCCCUCCUUCAGACAUUGACUUUCCGUUAGUUUCCCUUCAAAACCAAACACUCCCCAGAAAAUUCAUUUCCAUUCACUUUUGUCUCGAGAAAAUAUGGAAAACUCUACCCAAGAAUCGCACCUCCGAUCCGAUAAUUCUAUCACCUAUGAAUCCCCAUACCCUCUUUACGCCAUGGCUUUCUCCUCCUCCCCUUCGCCCAACCACAACCACCACCAACGCAUCGCCGUCGGCAGCUUCAUUGAAGAAUACAGCAACCGUGUCGACAUUCUUUCCUUCGACCUCGAGACCCUCUCCUUCAAGACUCAUCCUACUCUUUCCCUCGACCACCCCUACCCACCCACCAAGCUCAUGUUCCAUCCAGCCGCUCCUUCCUCUCUCCGCAAGUCCUCCGACCUCCUCGCCUCCUCCGGCGACUUUCUUCGCCUCUGGGAAGUCCGUGAAAGCUCCGUUGAACCCAUCUCCAUCCUUAAUAAUAGCAAGACCAGCGAAUUUUUUGCUCCGUUGACGUCUUUUGAUUGGAACGAGAUCGAGCCCAAGAGAAUUGGGACUUGCAGCAUUGAUACGACAUGUACUAUUUGGGAUAUUGAAAGGGGUGCUGUUGAAACCCAGCUAAUUGCCCAUGAUAAGGAGGUUCACGACAUUGCUUGGGGAGAAGCAAGGGUUUUUGCUUCGGUUUCUGCAGAUGGGUCGGUGAGAAUUUUCGAUUUGAGGGAUAAGGAGCACUCCACCAUCAUCUACGAGAGUCCCCAGCCUGAUACGCCCUUGCUCAGAUUGGCUUGGAAUAAGCAGGAUUUGAGGUACAUGGCUACUAUUUUGAUGGAUAGUAACAAAGUUGUGAUUUUGGAUAUUAGAUCACCAACCAUGCCUGUUGCGGAAUUGGAAAGGCACCGAGCGAGUGUUAAUGCCAUUGCUUGGGCUCCGCAGAGCUGUAGGCACAUUUGCUCUGCUGGAGAUGAUGCACAGGCCCUCAUUUGGGACUUGCCUACUGUUGCUGGGCCUAACGGGAUUGAUCCCAUGUCUAUGUACUCUGCUACUGCUGAAAUCAACCAGCUGCAAUGGUCAGCUGCACAGCCUGAUUGGAUUGCAAUUGCAUUUUCUAGUAAAAUGCAGCUUUUGAAAGUUUGAAUAGGCUAUAAUAUUUCCUUUUGAAUAGUGUAUUAGUUUUGAUGUUAAAUUGUAGUAUUGAAACUUUAGUAUUUUUCUGAUUAAAUAUUUGCUUGCUUUGGGUGAAUUUAGAUUCA